GGCUUCGACCGCGGGCGGCCGAGGGGCGGGCGCGCCGCUGCAUCCCCAUCGUCGGCGUAGCUGGGCUCAGGGCGAGCGGAGACUGGCCGGAGCGGGCGGGCGGGCGCAGCGCCGAGGCCCGGCCAUGGCCACCACCAGCAGCACCACGGGCUCCACCCUGCUGCAGCCUCUCAGCAACGCCGUGCAGCUGCCCAUCGAUCAGGUCAACUUUGUAGUGUGCCAACUCUUUGCCUUGUUAGCAGCCGUUUGGUUUCGAACUUAUCUCCAUUCAAGCAAAACUAGCUCUUUUAUCAGACACGUAGUUGCAACGCUGUUGGGCCUUUAUCUUGCAUUUUUUUGCUUUGGAUGGUAUGCCUUACACUUUCUCGUCCAGAGUGGGAUUUCCUACUGCAUCAUGAUCAUAGCAGGAGUGGAGAGCAUGCAUCAAUGUUGUUUUGUGUUUGCUUUGGGAUACCUCACAGUGUGUCAGAUUACUAGAGUCUAUAUCUUUGAUUAUGGACAAUAUUCUGCUGAUUUUUCAGGCCCGAUGAUGAUCAUUACGCAGAAGAUCACUAGUCUGGCCUUUGAGAUUCAUGACGGGAUGUUUCGGAAGGAUGAAGAACUGACCCCAUCGCAGAGGGGCUUGGCCGUGAGGCGCAUGCCGAGUCCCCUGGAGUAUGUAAGUUAUACCUGCAACUUCAUGGGUAUCCUGGCAGGCCCUCUCUGCUCUUACAAAGACUAUAUUACUUUCAUUGAAGGCAGGCCAUCCCACAUGCCACAGUCCAGUGAGAAUGGAAAAGAAGAGCAGCAACAUGAAAGAGCAGACCCGUCUCCAAACGCAGCAGUUACUGAGAAGCUCCUAGUCUGUGGACUCUCUUUAUUAUUUCACUUGACCGUCUCCAACAUGCUGCCCGUGGAGUACAACAUCGACGAGCACUUCCAGGCCACCGCAUCGUGGCCAGCCAAAGCCACCUACCUGUAUGUUUCUCUUUUGGCUGCCAGACCUAAGUACUACUUUGCAUGGACCUUAGCCGACGCCAUUAACAACGCUGCAGGCUUUGGGUUCAGAGGGUACGACAGGAACGGAGUGGCUCGUUGGGACUUAAUUUCCAACUUGAGAAUUCAGCAAAUAGAGAUGUCAACAAGUUUUAAGAUGUUUCUCGACAAUUGGAAUAUCCAGACAGCUCUUUGGCUCAAAAGGGUGUGUUACGAACGAGCAACCUUCAGUCCGACAACCCAGACGUUCUUUCUCUCCGCCAUUUGGCAUGGGGUCUACCCAGGAUACUAUCUGACGUUCCUCACAGGAACGUUAAUGACGUUAGCAGCGCGGGCUGUAAGAAAUAACGUUAGACAUUAUUUCGUCGAACCCCCUCAGCUUAAGCUAUUUUAUGACAUCGUAACGUGGGCAGCAACACAAAUAACCAUCAGUUACACGGUCGUGCCGUUUGUGCUUCUCUCCAUACAACCAUCAUUCACGUUUUACAGCUCCUGGUAUUACUGCCUGCACAUCUGCAGUAUCUUAGUGUUGCUCUUGCUGCCUGGGAAAAAAUCUCAAAGAGGAAAGAGCACACAGGAAAAUGUUCAGCUCUCACGGGUCAAAAAGUUUGACGAAAGAGAAAAUUCUCUGGGACAGAACAGUUUUUCCACCACAAAUAAUGUUUGCAGUCAGAACCAAGACACUGCCUCUAGACACUCGUCACUAACGCAGUGACCGGGAGAGCGCGUGGUGGCUGUUUCCCGCCUGUGAACAGAAACCAGUCUUGACGCCUUUCCAGAGACUUACUGGGUGGAAAUGGGACAGUCUCAGAUGGGGGAUUUUCUGUACACCAGAUUGGAAAUGGAAUGAAAUAACCCUUCCUAUGCCAUGUUCCUGUGGGUCACGCCUUAUACAAAAUCUUUCCAUGUUUCGAUAGGGCACUCUGACCUCAGCCUCAAGGUCAUACAUGUGCCCUGUCGCUGAAUGUACAUCGCGUAUUCCGUAUCCCGAGGCCCUGAAGAGGUGGAAGAGUGGUCGUGUCAAUCUGGACGAUUGUAAGGUUACCUUUUCCCAAAUGAAUGUCUUGCCUUAAACCUUCUGUUCCCUAAGAUGUUGUUCCCCGUUGGUGUUUUCAAGCAUACUAGCGUGAGGAGAUGAUUUCAAUAUUUGAUGCGGUGUGCCACAAAGUGGAAUUGAGGCAGAGUUUAAACCGAAUAUUUAAGAUGGUGGGUACUUGAAAAAUGCUAAACAUCUCAGUAUUCCAAGGGUUUUCUUAAGGUAGCUCAGAGGACCGCACACAUGGUAGGACUGUAAGUGGUCGGGGCUGGUAAAUUACAGGUAGCUUAUUUUGCUGGGAGCUUAAUUACCUGGUGUCAGUUAGGGGGCCCUUUCAGGAGAACUUUCUUAAACAUAAUUAAAGGUUGGCAGUGUGAUAUUUUAGGCUUAUUUUCUUAAGGAAAAAAAAUAAGAAGAAGAGGGAAGAUGAGGUAAGCAGGACCGAAGGAAGAAAGCACUGUGUGGCCUGUAGCCGCAGGCGGAGGCUUCCCCAUUCCGUCUCCAAGAUCAGUGACUGUGAGAGACACAAAAGUUUAAUACCUUGAUCAUACUGUGGACUUUCUGAAGAAAUCUCUUGAGCAUAAAUUACAUAGAAUUAGAAGAGAUUUUAAGAGUAACAGUGGUAGAUUAUUUGAAGUUUUUGAAAGAAAUCUCUAGUAAUUAAGGUUAUUAUCUGGUUCAUCGGUGUCUUGUCCCUGUCAUUUUCAUUGCUCUUUGGGAAAAAUUUAGGGAAAAGAAAACUUAGUUGCUGAGUCUAAGUGACAUUUUUUUAAAAAAAAAAUUAAUAAAUUAGUUUCUACAUUCUUUAACUUCAUGCAUUAAAAUUCUUCCGUUGAACUCUUGGUACAGCAGCUAUGAGUAAGGGGUGGAUUGGAAGCCACAGAACCGAGCCAUAGACCAUAGGUUCCACCUUGUGCAAAAGGCUGGGCUUUGGGACCAAUAUUUUUGUGAAAUUUGUUUUGCUUUUUUUGCCUUACAUUUUCAAAUGAAAUGCAAAUUGUCAGUCUAUGAUGAGUUGGGUUUUGUUUUUUGUUUGUUUUUGUUUACUAAUACACUUGUGAGUAAAGUUAAGGAGGGACCAGCAGUGGUGGUGUAAAGUUUAAGAUCACAGUGGUACAGAGAGAGACCAUUGUGGCAUUCUAGGACUUUAGAGGUCUGUGCUGCAGACACUUUUGCUUUUCUGAAGGCAGGUCGUUUGCAUCUGAUUACAAGGGUCCUCCCCAUCCUCUCCCAGGGAAAGGGCAGGUAAAUACUUUUUUUAUUUUUCCCAUGUGCAUGUCGAAAUCAACCCAGCUGUAGAAUUCUAGAGGAAAGAAAAGAGUGUUUAUGGAAAGUAUCCAUCCCUGAAUGUUUGCAAUUUCACAAAUACCUUGGAGAAUCCAAUCACUAUUAGAGAAAGCUAUCAGCCCCAGGGCUUACGAGACAACCCUAGGCAUCUCCUAAGGGAAAGCUGGAGAGCCAGUGAAACUGCUGAAGGCUUGCUGGGUGGCUCUGGCCACUUACAGAUAACCCCCAUUUAUUUAUUUCUGUUACCUGAACACAUUUUAUUUCUAGGCCUAUACUCUUGAGUUGCUGUUGCCUGUUUCCUCUCAAAGAAUUUAUAAUCAAAGUAUUAUCAUCCAAAAUGCAAGACAAUGAUCAUUGUUCUAGUUCCUGAACGAUGCUACAUGGUGCAUCCGAUUUGACUGAGUUCUUUCUUUUUUCAUUCUUCUGCAGCUACCAAUUACAUUUAUGAGAUCAUUUUUUUUUGGAUGGCUGUCUUCUAAUUUGGAGAAAUAAUCUAAAAUAAAAUACUGUUUUCAAUUUUUCUCAAAAAAAUUAUGUUUUAUAAAAUGAACAUAAUUUCAUUUUAUAGAAUGUUCUAUAAAAUGAACAUAAUUUGGGGAUGUUGUAAAGGUUAUUUUGCUUCUACUUAGAAGGAUUUAAAUUAAUGUUUGUGCUACUGUUAAUUGUGAAGGAGGUCGUUAUAAUAUGUGCUUGCUGCAUUUAGCCGGCAAAACAGGUUUCAGUGUGUGUUUAUAUUGUUUUUCCAUCCCUAGAGUGUCAUGAAGUCACUCUAGAGAGGGUCCGUCUACAUUAUAUUUAUACUUCUGUUUUAUUCUAUACUACUCAGGGAAAAUAGAACAAGAAUAUUCUUCCCUCAGUUUCAUUUUCUUGAAACAAUAAUUGUUAUUUUGAUGUGUCUCAGCUCUGCUGUUUUUAAAAUAACGCAUCUUACUUAGAACUCAGAGUGACUGGGGAAGCUUGCUUAGCUUCUGGAAUACCUGAUGUUGGAGAGAAGGCUGGCUGGGCUUCAGAGGUGCCCAUGUCUUAGCAUGUUGGUCUCUACCAUGGUGACACCCAUGCAGGGUAAUCCCACACAUAACCACUUUUGAAGUCGCCAUCUAGAAAGUGAUGACGAUUCCCUGUAAGUACUAAUUGGACUGGCUGGUCCUUGCCCGGCCCGACCCUAUCCCCAUCCAGGUCCCACCAAAGCUCAUCCCCAACUCCCCCACUCCUGAAGGGCAGGUUCACAAAGGGAGCUGAUCACUGGCGGCUGCUUUUUAUUACUGGAAUUUAAGGUGCUUACUUUUAAAAGAAUGGUUGUCUAGCAACAGGAAGAAUGCCUUUUAAUCCAUUAACCCAGAAUGUGUAGCAACAUGCAUUUCCCCUUUGCUUUCAAUGGUUUCUGUUUCUGCUGGGUAAAAUUGGAGAGGAUUUAUUCCAUUAAAUACUGCCCAGAUAUUGCUGAUUUUACUGGACAGGAUUACCAGCGUGUGUCUUCUUGACAAUUAUUUCAUUCAAAGAACCUAGUUAUUCUAUAUUUUAAAUGACAGCAAUUUUAAAUUGCCAUCAAAAUAACCGUAACGGUUUUACUUUUGAAGAUUAGAUUAAACGUUUAGGACAAAUGCUCUCCCUGUUUAAAACCUGUACCUCCCCAGUCUUCAAACCCUGAGCAGAUCUGGACAGUUGUACUUCCCAGAUGUUCAUCAGCAUCAGCCCACUGAUCCUACGAGCUCUCUACAAUGGCUGACACAUUCCUGAGAGGGUGGACUGCACGCCCACCGAGAGUCAGCUCAAAUGCACAGUUAUAAACUAGUAUUUUGAAGGGUUUUAUAUUCUGGCAUGAAUAGUCUACCCUGGCUGAAAUUUCACACACCCAGUUGUACCUAGGUGCAGAAUUCGAGCUUACACUGUGACUGUAGCCUUAGCUGCCCCAGGACCAUGUGUACCUGUUCCACUCCACUAGUGACAUCCGAGGACUAGCUGAGCGUUUCUACUCCUGCCUUGGAUGCUAAAUUUCUGCUUCCCACUGCCCUUGGAAGAGCGAGUUUGCAUCAGAGAGGCUUCCGGAUGCUGGAGGAAGAGAUUUGCGUUGAAUACAAAUCCACUCUGAAUUUUGAGUUUGAUGGAUUAGGACGUAGCAGUUCUCGACAGUGACUUUACUGAAACACCGUGCAGUCAAAUCUAUUUAUAGUGACUCUCCUUAUUGAAAAUUUAAAAUGAAAUUUUCCACAUCAAUAUUUUGUAGGAAUGCUCUUAUAAUCAACGACUAAGCUGCUUUUUGAGGCUCUUGUUGUACAGACGGUGCGGCCAGUUACAUUUUAACUAGUAGGCUGCUCACUAAUGUUUUGUAUGUUUCCAGACAAUAAUUUAUUUUAAUAGGUUUUUAACACAAUGCACACUCCAGGGAAAAAGUGAGAAGAUGCUCCGUGGGUCUUUGGUUGGGGAAACUUUGUCAAACAGAACCUAAUGACACAUUUAUACGCCAGCUAAUUUGUCUUGCCUUUAAAGCUGACCGUAAACUCUCAGUGCCAUUUUUAUAAAGCAAGGGACAGCCUCUCUGUCCUAUAAAUAACACUUCAGAGAUGUAUGUCCAACCCCUGUCUGAAACCUAUCCAUUGAUACACAGCCACUCUAGCUAGGUUUUCUUACAUUUUGCUACUGUAACCGACAAUGGAAUCUAAUGUAAAGUCAGAAGUUACAGAACAAGGGAGGUAAAUGACUCAACAUUUCUCAGGCGCUUGCCUGGGAUGGAAGAGUGACCGGCUGCUGCCUGUUGCCCACUCUGAGCCUCUGCUUCCUACUGGCUCUGUUUUGGGUUAACUUCUUUGAGAGAUUGAUUUGUUAUUGAUCUUCUCUGUCCUUUCGUAGGGGGAAGGACACAUGUAGAGUGUUGGACAAGCUUUUAAAAAGAUGUGUGUUCCCCCACUUUAAAUGUCUUUGGUUCUGUAUACACCCGUCCGUCAGUAAAGUCCGUUUGCUGCUGACUUGGUCACAUACAGACUCCUGUGUUGAAUGAAAAUACAGUCCUGUCUAUCUUUUGUCAUUUUUUUUUUUUUUUGUACGUGAAGGUGUCUCCACACCAGAAGGAACACCACAGGAGGUGAUAGGAAUGAAAGGGACACGGACUUCUGUGACGUGAAAGCCCCAUCGUGAUAAGGUGAAGGGGCCUGGCUCCAGAUCCGCCUCGCCUUCCAACUAGACGCUAGCAGAUAGCAGAGUCCUCCUGACCUGAGUGGGGCCUCAGCUCCCACAGCCAGCGUUCACAGGGUUUCCCUUUGCCUUCCCUGGUGGAGAAUAUUGUGUGAUGGUCUGUGCUUUUUUUUUUU